AAACUUUAACUUGUAAUCUGGCUAAUAAGCACUAAUUUACAAACUAUUCUACAUUGUAAAGGAGAAAUGAAUAUUUCUGGUGUUGUCCUUCUUUGAUUUAGAAGCUUAUCAUCUGCAGGACCUAAUUGGCCAUUGAUGUGAGGGUGAGGAAGAAGGAACCACAUCGCAGGGAGAAAAGACUAAAGGAAGGCAGAGGCUCUAAUAUCAGGUCAAUAUAGGUCAGCACACUACCCACAUGAAAUGGCUUUGGCUGGGUUCCAAAGUCAAGUAAAUAAGUUCAAUUUUUUUAUUCCUUCAAUUACAUAUUUUUUUUGCUAAGCUUCGGUCAUUCAUGGUAUAUAAUGCAUCUAACUUGCUGAGCAAAAUGCCAGACGUGAAAUAAAUGUUAGCUAUGGUAGAAGAGCUACAGUAACAGGUAACCUGAAACAUAGGCUGAUAGCUCAUAGAAGGGCAUGCUUGAAUUCGGGGGAAAAAAAAAAUCUCUGUUAAAAUGGGAUGCAAAACACUUUUAUACAGUGCUUUUACAAAAGUUACACCAAUUUAAAGGAAAGUCUUCAAAAACAAUCCGUGAUCGAUAAAAUUAACAGAAAAAAAUCAGGAAACGGGGAAAUAAUAAGGGAAGAAAGAUUAACAGAACGAUCUUCCGCCCCAGUAAAUAGGAUUGAAUUUUAACCAAUGAGAUCACAAGUUUGAAAAUUUCCUUUUCAGGCCCAAUCAAGAGGAAGCUAUGUCUAUAAAUAUGACUGCCUAGACCCUCUCGUAUCAACGAAACAGCAUGGCCCGUACUAAGCAGACUGCCCGCAAGUCCACCGGCGGCAAGGCCCCGAGGAAGCAGCUGGCCACCAAAGCGGCCCGCAAGAGCGCGCCGGCCACUGGCGGGGUGAAGAAGCCGCACCGCUACCGGCCCGGCACCGUGGCCCUGCGAGAGAUCCGGCGCUACCAGAAGUCCACGGAGCUGCUGAUCCGCAAGCUGCCCUUCCAGCGGCUGGUACGCGAGAUCGCGCAGGACUUUAAGACGGACCUGCGCUUCCAGAGCUCGGCCGUGAUGGCGCUGCAGGAGGCCAGCGAGGCCUACCUGGUGGGGCUGUUCGAAGACACGAACCUGUGCGCCAUCCAUGCCAAGCGCUUGACCAUCAUGCCCAAGGACAUCCAGUUGGCCCGCCGAAUCCGCGGGGAGCGGGCCUAAGGCAUAUUUUUAAGUGGUCGAUCUAACGGUUCUUUUCAGAGCCACUGCCAUUUUCAUCAAGAGCAGCUGUGUCGGCUCUCCAUCUGAUGUGCGUCUGCCUUGCGCACCGGUCACGGGCCAGAGGCACUCGUGGGUGACGUUAUAGAACCCAAAGCCCAGCCGUGAGUUGGCUGGCAGUAGAGAAAGCCGCAGAGGCAUGGUCCUUGUGGUUCCGGCCGAGCCUUUUUACGCUGGUUUAAGGCUAGAGGUCCGGCUCCCAAUUCUGUGGGUAAAGUUUUGCAUGGGGGCAAGAGACAAUGUGGGGAGUUUCUAGAUUUGGAAGAUCCUGAGUGUAAGGGUGGGGCGAGUCCCUUAAAAAUUAUAAACCCGUUUCCUGGUUUAUUUAGGAACUGUAUAAGCUUAAUUAAAGCUCAGCAUCUUCCUCACUGCAUACUACAGGCGGUGCCCAAGCCAGAAUAGUAAUUUAAGCGGGCGGGAGUAAAUACCUGGUGAUUUUUAAAAAUGUGUGGGCUGAGGUAGUAUUUCAAGGAAGAGAACAAAAUUUCCCCAAAGUAUAGAAUAAAAAUGCAAAAACAAGGCAAGAGUUAACUUGUCUAGCUGGCGUUAAGAUUUCUUCCGUAUGCAAGUGUGUAAUGGAAAGUGAAAACCAAGAAAA